AUGCCUCCAAGACACCAAACCCUCCCUCCCGCGCAAACGACCUCGGCGAAAGAGGCCCAGAAAUCCUUCUACUGCACCCUCUGCUCCAAGGGCUACUCCCGCAUGAACGACUAUGAAGCCCACCUCAGCAGCUAUGACCACAGCCACAAGCAGCGGCUCAAGGACAUGAAGGCCAUGGUGCGCGAUCCCAACGCCGGCGCAAAGGCGAGGAGGGCCGAGGCCAAGGCGGACGGCAUAGUCAGCAUCAAGCUCACCGAGCAGGAUGCGCCGUCGUCCGGCGGCGGAGGCGGCGGCUUCAAAAAGGGCGGCUUCAAGAAGACUGGCUUCAAGAGCGCUUUCGCCCCAGUAGACGCACCGACAUCAGCCGCCGCUACCGCAUCGCAGCCAGCGUCGACAGACUUGCCCCGGAAACAAGCGAAUCCUGCUGCUGGUGCUCUCGCAGACAAGGGGAAGACUGCUCCGUCUUCCUCGCGCAUCUACAAGGGUUCACUCGUGGAGAGCGAUACGGAAGAUGAAGGCUACGAAGUCUACGAUCCGAGGUUCCCCACCGAUUGA